AUUAAGGUUACUGAACAACCUUCUAUCUUACCAGUAAAACAAUUGGAAGUUGGAUUAAUUUAUAUUUGUGAAGUUUUACCAGCACAAAAUGAGUAUCAAAACGCUUGUAAUUGUUUGCGGGUUUCUUGCUAUUUCUAGAGCAUUGGAAAAUAUUUCUGUUUCUGAAACGACACACAAAGACCAAAAUGACAAUGGGAACGUUCAGGAGGUGUCUAACAAUUUGGAACAUUUUGAAAGCAACAAAAAGUUUCAGGAUCUUCUAGCUCGCAUGGAACAUCUCGAGGCCCGCGAAAAAUCUCGGGAAAAGACAUAUUUGAAACAACUAAAUAGCUUAAGACGACAGCUUGUGAUUCAAGCCCGACGUACCGCAUCCCUCGAAGGCAAAGUCAGAAGACUAUCCAACAAAAGCCCUGACAGUUUAAAACAGGAACUAAAGAAAACAGACUCUAAAGACACCUCAAAUGACAGUAAUGGACGGCUCAGACAUGCACCGAUAGAAUCUCGUGAAGAAGUGCAAACCCAAAGAAUCCGCCGUGCAGAGAAUGAAAACCCCGUCGCAUUUUUUGCAACUCUCAGCCAACAUCUAACGCACGUUGGAGCACAUCAACCAAUUACCUUUGACAAUGUGGUAACAAACAUCGGCAAUGCUUACAAUAGUCAUUUUGGUUCUUUCAUUGCCCCAGUGUCUGGUACAUACGUCUUUUCUGCUACACUCUUCUCUCAUUACCACACUAACUACCACGCACAAUUUGUCAAGAAUGGACAGGCUAUUACCACUAUGUACGUAAGCGGUUCAGAGGCAGGGUACGACACUACAAGUCAAACUAUCGUUCUACAAUUACAGAAAGGAGAUGACGUCUGCGUACAGAACUAUGACACUGACAGGCCUGUAUAUGGGUACAACUACAGCACAUUCGCUGGUUUCCUGCUGCAGGAAGAUAUGUCAAGCUCAGCUAUCGUCGGAAGAUAAAAUGCAAACCAUUGUUGUUAUAAAUCGUUAGUCAAAUUGUCAGAAUCUAGACCCAGAAUGUGUUGAAUUUUUCAAAUUUUGUAAUUUACUUUUCUCUGGCUAUGAUAUUAUUUCUAUAGCUAUUACAUGGAAUAGGACUGAAUAAGAAAGGCCUUGAAAAAAUAUCCAGUUAAUAUAGGCCAUGUCAAAACAACACAGCGUCCUCAAUUUGAAACCCUAUAAUAACUCAUUGGAAGAAAUGUCCAUGAUAGAGAUAGAUAUGCAAGAGAAAAAGUAGAACAAAUAGAGCUUGUAGGCAAGAAAUUAACGCAGAGAUGCACUAUUUUGUAACGGUCACUGUCAAUAUUGAAUGUGCUCAACUAUCAACACAAAAUGAUUUAAGCCGUAUGCACAUUCAAUAUCAUAGUGAUACUCAGUUACUCACACAAAUUUAUCAAUUAUCAUUUACAAAUUUUGACUCCAGUCAAUGACGUUAAAAUAUUUCUCCGUUAUCGCAGUAAAAUAUUAUAUAAAUAGAUGUAAUUUGGAUCUGCUAUAGAUAACCAAACGUACUCGAAGUAGGCCAAGAACGUGAGAAUUAAAUGUACCCGGAAGAUAUUUACUGCUAAUUGAAGGGUAUAUUUUGUGAGAAUUUUUGAAGUUAUUUGUAUUUUAACAUGCCACUUAACCGUAUUUAUUCAUAGAUAGUAUCUCAAUAUACUGUAAAAAUGAUGCACAUAUGUGCUUCUAUUUCAUCUCUAUUUUUAGUAACAGACACUUCCCCACAUGUUGCUAGAUUUAUUACAUGAUUCAUUAUACAAAUUGCCCGUCAAUGCUUUGUCCUAUAUAACACGUUCAUAUUUAACACAUGUUUACCGGACUAAUUAGUCAAACCUUUAGAAAAUUAACUGAAAAUUAGGUUCAGAUGGCAUGUAGUAAAACACUUAUUGUCUGGCUUGACGGUCAGUAGUCAAAACGUUUUGCACUCGUUCGUUAUAUGAUCAAGGGCAAUAUAUUUAACUUUUGACCAGUAAGACAUUCAAUAAGUGUAUAAUAGUUGUCAUAACGAAGAGCUUGACUGUAAUUAUUAGAUCCGUCGUUAAUUGGUCGAUAUCUCUUUUUAAUAUAUUGCAAUUGCAGUGAAUGUUAAAGUGAUAACAGUUGAAAGAAUCAGGAUUGAUCAUAAGGGCCUCCAUUAUAGUGCAUCAAAUACUUCUUUGAAAAGUACAGUUACUGGCAUAAGUUCGUGUAGAACAUUACUAAUGAAAGCAUAACGUGACUUUUCUUUAGUUCCCUUACAUAAACCCUUAUCAAUUAUCAAUCAUUGUAAUCCCACUCUUUCUCUGUGAUUCUCCAAAUUUAUUUGUCAUUUCUUAUUACAUGACUCCUUGUGUAAACCUUUUGUCUAUAGUUUAUGCUAUUAGGCCAGUCUAUAUUCAGCACAUGUUUGUAGGUAGGGCUAAAACCAUACAACGAAAGAGCUAUGUGUGACUAUCUAUUUCUGAUGUCAAGCAAUACAGCAGUUAAACAUGAACGGAUUAAGGGACAAUCUGGCUGGCUCAAGUAAACAGUUGACCGGUAAUCCAUUCAAUAAGUGUAUGCUAUUUAUCUUGUAGAAAUCGCGCACGAUGUAUGUUUAAGUAACAGCAAGUGUUUCUAAAAUUUAUUUAUUCUUAAAAUAAGGAUCUUUAUAUUAUUCAAUUAUUGUUAGACUGUGUUUUUUUUUGUUUAAUUUAGCGAACAUUGUAUAAAAUGUUGAAAAUACGGAAGUGGAAGAAUUAUUUGAAUUAUGUAGUUAUUCUUGUAGCAUUUUCAUUCUGAUUGUUUUGUAUAAAACUUAAUUUUGGCGGCAUUAAAAUUUGCAGGUUUUUAUGGGAUGUAUUGUAGCAGUAGCUUAUUUGAUUUUUCUCCAGACGUACUAUUAGCGCAAUUUAGAAGCAACUUGCAAAAUUUGACUCAAAAUUAUCUUUAUUUAACUAUUGUUUGCUUGUCGCGAUCGGCACUUUACAUGUUUACAAACGAUGGUAAAAACGUGUACCUUACCAUAUAUCUCUUAGUUUUUGACGUGUCAAUGUGUUAGAACUGUGCAUUUGAAAGUGUUACUGUUUUAGUGAAAAGAUAUUUCUAAAAUUUGUAGGUUCAAGUGCUAAUCUUACGUUACAAUUUUUCUCUGUCAUUGGCUGUAUAUAAAAAAAUAUCGUGAUAUUCAUUUGGUGUUACAGAUAAAAACUGCCAAUAGGACCAAAAUACUACUACCGCCAAACUCAAGUGUUUUACAGGUUUUAAGAAUAGAUAUCAGUUGUAAUCAUAUAAUAAAAUCAAAAUCGAUUCAUUUCAAGUCAUCGUUAAGUGGCUUUUUAAAAGCAAAUAAUUUGAGAAGAAUGUAAUUUAAACAAAUAUUUACUUUAGAUGUGUUUGUAUUUAAAACAUAUCAAACAUAACCAGCUUAUGUAACCAGCAUAUCUACUGAUAAGAGACGAGUGCGCAAAGUGGACUAUGAAGUAUUUGUGGUAUCUUAUGAGUAUCCCUAGUAUGUGGUAGUGUUUUUAUCAAUACAGUGAAAUGCCUCUCCGAAGCUCUUGUUAAUAAUAUAAUGAAAAUCUUUUCCAUUUUUUGUUACUAGACUGCAUUGUUUUUUCUAUUGUCCUAUUGUUAUAAUGAAAUUUCUUUUCAUUGAACCUUUAUUAUAAUACUAAAAUACUAGCACCUCUGAUCCGAAUAUUAUUUAUUUUACUUGGAGGAGCGGAAGGUCGAACUCACGACCCUUGCAGUGUCACCACUGGAUACUUUUUUGCACUCUCCGACAUGUAAGAAGUACUAUAUAUGAUAGAAUUUUUGACAUUGACGGUAUUACUUAAUAUUACAGUGUAACUUCCGAAAACCGAACGACCUCCGGACCAGCCUAAAAGUUCGGUUUUUGGAAGUUUCCGGAAUUCAGAAGUUUGAAAAUUUGUAGGCUAAGUGGACGUGGUGCACAAGAGUUAUGUUUUCUUACACGUAGGAUGAGUGAG